AACAUAAACUUCUAAAUUAAGCUAACUGUGCUCCACAUUAGGGGAAGCAAUAAAGUUGCUGUGGAACCCUAUUAUUAUUAUUAUUAUUAUUAUUAUUAUUAUUAUUAUUAUUACCUAGUAGUAAUGGGCAAAUUCACAGAAGUUGCAGUUUUUAUUCGUCUUAAAGUUUAGGUACAUUCAUUUUCGUAUUAUAAAAAGCAGAAAGCAGGGCUGUACAUUUCUCUAAAAUAAUUAAUUAAGUUUCCCCCCUUGACAUGUCGCUGUACUGCACAGGAGUGACCAUUAAACGUCAUAAGAACGUCAGCAAAACGCGAUAAAUAGCAGGUGAAGUAAUAACACGCUGAGUGAUUUUGUAAAUAAAACAAACUCCUCGGAAGAGGCUGUGUGUAAAAACGUGUCCAAUAACGUCAAUCUUAAUUGAAGUGACUGCUUUGCAGGAUAAGACAAGACGAAGCAGCUCCCGGCGGCCCACAGGGCGCGUAUCCUACAGGUGUUAAGGACCCUGAGCACCUGUAACCCUGUUAGAGUUGUAUUUUAAUACAUCUCUUGCAGCCGGAUCUAACCAGUUCUGCUGGAAGUAAACCCACGCCAAUGGCAGACUUUGCUAACACAAACACGCCCCAAGUCGGUGAUCCAGAUAACGCAUCCCAUGACUAUCAGUGCACUUGUGCACACUUAAAAAAUGUAGGGUCAUUGUCUGUGCAGAGUGAUGGAACCUUCCGUUGCAAUUGUGGUGAAACUCCACAGAUGAGCUUUUUGCCCGACAGUGAGAUCGCUGAACCUUUGUUCCAUGGCUUUUGUCACGAUACCGUGUUUGAGAGGCAGUAUGACUUUAAUUUCUACAAAGAAAGGAAAGGCCAGCUGAGAGACGGCUCUCCAUGUCUUGUGAACGAGUGUGCGGUUGGUUGUCCUCACCACCCUCAAAUCAAGCUAGAGCCAUCCUCCUGUGAUAACAUCCACAAACUCAAGGCUUGUAGCGAUCACUGUUCCAACAUCAGGGCUCAGUAUGAGAGAAAACUACAGGGAAGCCAGCAAUACAUAAACCAGUGGGAAGAAAUGAUAAAAACAAAGGAAAGGGUUGCCAAUAUGCAGAAACAGGAUGAGCCUGAAAAGGUGCAGCACCUGCCACCGCAUCAGCAUACCUACGUGUGUCAGCUGUGCUGCAGGACAGUUGCCAAGGGUGAGCUGUCAGGAAUGAAAUCCACUGCCAUGAUGGAGCCUCUGGAAAGCACGGUCAAAAGUCACGUCAUGUCCUGCCACGGCUGCAAAGGGUCAGAGUCGCACAGCAAUGUCUGUGACCCAACUUCAAGCACGGGCAGGAACUCCAGCUAUACAAGAAGAGUCUCGGCUGCAGGGUGCUCAUGUCCUCGUCCAUCCUUCUCUUUAACAAGGGCCUGCAGCGACUGCGCACCACAAGAGGUCACAACCCCAAAGUUUUACCAGGGACACGAAUGCCUGAAGACCCAAAUGGACUAGGGGGAGACAGGCUAAUUUGGAAGUGCUUCAACAAUUUACAUUUGCCUAAAUUUCCCUGCAGAGAAUGUAACGCAUUCCUGAAUGUUAAAUCUACCUUUUAA